GCGUCACUUUGGAAACUCGGGAACUCACGGAUUCUCGUGCUAAACCGGCGAGCUCCUUUUCUCAUUCCCGAAGUCCUCCCUGUUGGAUUUCAACCGCAGGAUACACGCAGGAGAGAGAAAACGGGAAGUCAGGAAGGAAGUGAGACUGGGUGAGUUUGGCACAGACCGCUGCCCAUUAGUAGGUAAACUGGGGUCGAAGGUGCUCACUGAGCCGUCUAUGAUACCAACAAUACGGAUGGAAAGAACUUUAAUGUGGAACCCUCACAGAGUUUUGCAACGGAGGCUCAGAGUAGAGACAGACUGGCAGUUUAUAUUAUAACUUCAGUGGAGGCCACAGAGACAGAAUAACGCAGAGCUGCCACUCGGUGCGUCAUUGUAAGUUAAUUACGAGGAGCAAGACAAGUAGCUGAGCUUGUAGGAACAGGUUUAAGUCCUCCGGAGGAGAGUGUGUGUGUCUCUAAGAGAAAGCGAGAGAGAGAGAAAGGCAAAGAAGAUGUCCAGAGAGGAGCAGAGCUUCUCAGAGGUGGAGCUCAGUCCCGGCAUGUCGGACGACAGUCGCUCCCUGUCCCCGGGUCAUUCCUCCGGUGCGGCAGGUGGAAUCGAGUCGCCCCUCCGAGGGCAGCAGCCGCAGCUGGCGGCUCUGGACGACGCCUCGGCGGGCUGCUCGUCCGUCAAGUCCGACGACGAGGAGGAGCGCUUCCCCGCCGGGAUCCGCGAGGCGGUGAGUCAGGUGCUCAACUGCUACGACUGGACCAUCUUGCCGAUGCCCGUGCGCGUGAGCGCCGGAAGCAAGAGCAAGUCUCACGUGAAAAGGCCAAUGAACGCCUUCAUGGUGUGGGCGCAGGCCGCGCGGAGGAAACUGGCCGACCAGCAUCCCCACCUGCACAACGCGGAGCUCAGCAAGACCCUGGGGAAGCUGUGGAGGCUUCUCAAUGAGAGUGACAAGCGGCCCUUCAUUGAGGAGGCAGAGAGGCUGAGGAAGCAGCACAAGAAGGAUUACCCAGACUACAAAUACCAGCCGAGGCGCCGCAAAAAUGGAAAGGUCGGCUCUGGGUCUGGAAGUGAGGCCGAAGGCCAUUUGGAGGGUCAGAGCCACAGUCCUCCCACGCCUCCCACCACUCCCAAGACUGAACUUCUGUCUGGAAAGACAGGAGAUGGUAAAAGAGAGGGAGCUGGCACCCGGGGCACAAUGGGAGCAGAACGUGUUCUAGGAUCUGGCAAACCUCACAUUGACUUUGGUAAUGUAGACAUCGGAGAGAUAAGCCAUGAGGUGAUGGCCAACAUGGAGCCAUUUGAUGUCAACGAGUUUGACCAGUACCUUCCCCCUAAUGGGCAUCCAGGGGUUGGACAGAUUGGUGCAGCAGGCGGGGCUGCAGCAGCUUCACCUGCCUCUCCGUAUGCCUAUGGCAUCUCAACGGCUUUGGCUGCAGCCAGCGGACACUCAGCAGCCUGGCUUUCCAAGCAGCAGCUGCCACAGCAACAUCACGGCUCCCCACUGGGCUCAGAUCCAUCCAAGGCACAAAUCAAGAGCGAGGCAGGAGGUUCUGGGGCUCACUUUGCUGAAGUAGCCUCAGCAGGAGCUCAUGUCACCUACACACCGCUCAGCCUUCCCCAUUAUAGCUCCGCCUUCCCCUCGUUGGCCUCCAGGACUCAGUUUGCAGAAUACACCGACCACCAGCCCCCUGGGACAUACUAUGGACACUCUGGCCAGGCCUCGGGGUUGUACUCUGCCUUCUCUUACAUGGGGCCCUCCCAGAGGCCUCUCUACACAGCCAUCACUGACCCAACCAGUGCGUCGCAGUCACACAGCCCCACGCACUGGGAGCAGCCCGUCUACACAACAUUGUCGCGGCCAUGACAGAUGGUGAGAGCAGAAAGCACCGGUGCAGGUUCAGGCCCAGUGUCAGACCAAAGCAGGAGAGGAGGCAGCAACAACAGCAGCUCUGUUUGUUACGUCGGAGAUAGAAGUGCUCUGGUCUGGGGGGAGUGGGCAGG